AUGUCUACCACGCAAAAACCAAGACGCUUCAUCAAGCGUCCAGAUGACAAGGCCUUGAAAGAGCGCAUUGACGUCUUAAGAACAGAGAUUAAAACUUUGGAUCAGAAUAACGUAGAGAUCAAUGCUCAAAUUGAAAAGGCUGUCCUCGAUUCUGGAGUUGCAGAGAAAAAAAAAACCUUGCAAGCUAACUUGAAGGACAUUAUUGCAAAGCAAGGCAAAUUAAAGCAGGAAAGAAAUACCAUACAAGAGCAGAUCAAGAAUGUUGACGUAAACUUGAAGAGAAAAAUUGCUGAAAUUCAAAAGUUGACUGCGAAAAACAAUUUCAAGUCAACUUCUGAGAUCGAUGCUAGGAUCAAGUCUUUAGACGACUUGGUGGGGAGCGGCUCUUUAAUUUUGGCUGAGGAGAGAAAGUAUAUCAAGGAGAUGAGCUCUUUACGUAAGUUGCGUAAAGACUUUACUGAAGUAGAGAAGCAACAGGUCGCGAUUGACAAUGAUAAAGGAAAGAUUGCUGAAUUGAAGCAGAAAUUGGCCUCUGUUGGCAAUAAAGAAGUGCAAAAACAAUUUGAGGAGACUCAAAAAGAAUUAGAUGUUAUUUACGAUUCUAACAAGUCAUUGUACAACAAGAGAAGUGAGUUGAUUGCGAAGAGAAACGCUAACUCCAAAUCGAAAGACGAGAAGUACAACGAGAUUAGGACAUUGAAAGCAGAUUUUGACGCCGAGUUUGCGAAGUUCAAGGCCAACUUAGCCGCAGAACAAAAGAAGAGAGACGAGGAAACAAAGUCUGAGCGUGAGGCAGAAAAGAAAGCCAAGUUGAAGGAGAGAGCGGAAUCUAGAUUGGCGGAGGCUUCCGUUCCAGCUUUCUCAAAGGAGAUCAACGAGAUUGAGUCUUUAUUAUCAUACUUUGAUCCAAGUUAUGUCAAGCCACAAAGCAACGCAGUUGCAGAAGCUACCAAACCUACUUUGGAGUCUAGAAACAACAUCAGAUCGGUUGAAAUGCCCUCUGAUGUAAUUGUUUUGAAAAAAGAGCAACAAGUCUUUUUUGAGGGAUCUAAGUCCAAGAAGACCAAGAAGAAGACACAGAAGAAAAGAAAUUUCACAGUUGACUCCGAUGUGAUUCUUUCUUUGACCAAUUUGUCGAUCCCUUUGCCAACAACCACAGAUGAAGUCCCUUCAACAAUCAUUAUUUUGAAAGAAACCAUGUCGGCUUUGAGGGAUAAACAAGAGGAACAGACAAAGCUCAACAUAGAAAAAGCCAGGAAAGAAAUCGAGAAAUUAGAGGUGGUGUCUUCUGAUGAUGAGACAGAGCAAGAAAAUGAAGAUGCAUAAUUCUAUGUCUACCAGCAAGAUGUCAGUAUAUGGUCACUCAUCUAUAUAAACCUAUAUGUGAAUUAUAUACCCAAAUCCGAUAGAAAAAAAAUGCAAUUUUGAUUGCCAAUAAAAAAGAGACUUUAAAGG